CCAACACCAACCAUCCAUCUGGCCUGAACCGCCCAGCUCUACCGCCCACCACACCCACGCACCGCACCGCACCGCCCUCCAUCGCCACGCCCGCAAUGCCGCCCCGCCACCGCGCCCAGCCCGCCGGCAACCAGGCCGCUGUGCCCGCUUCCCCCGCCGCGGCUCCUGCCUCCGCCGUCGCGCCCAACACCGCCGUCCCCAGCGCUGCCUCGCACACGACCAAGGCGGCGUCGGCCACGUCCGCGACCGGCCCUGUUGGCUUGUCGAGGCCUUCUGCUAAGAUCACCGGCAAUGAUGCCCAGUCCAUCCUUGCUGGCGUGUGGAGGAACUACGUCGAUGGCACCGAGCAGCGUGUUAAGCUGCUGGAUACCUUUAUGGCGUUCUUGGUCGUCGUCGGUGUCCUGCAGUUUGUGUACUGCAUUGUUGGUGGCAAUUAUCCCUUCAACGCCUUCCUGUCUGGCUUCAGCGCUACGGUUGGUCAAUUCGUCCUCACUGCGAGCUUGCGUAUCCAAACGAACCCGGAGAACAAAGCCGAGUUCGGCAGCAUCUCCCACGAACGUGCGUUUGCGGAUUACGUCUUCGGCAGCCUCAUACUGCACUUCUUCUGCGUCAACUUCAUCAACUAGAUAUCCCCAUUUGCGAGCUACGAAGAACGGAACGGAACCAAAAGCAGUCAAUUCGAACACCUUUAUGUGAUGGUUCAAUGCGUGGACUUUGAUUCCUACUUGCAUUGUACAAUACGCUGAGUAAACAAGAAAAUGGGUAUUGUGACACGCCACGAUAUAUGCCGACAAUACAUGCAAUGCUCUUCUCAAGAACCAAAUUCCUUGCUUCUCUUUUCCGCGUCUUGUGUGCAUCACUCACCUUUUCCUACUCGCGGAGCUCGACAUCUAUGCCUGCAGCUUGAAGCUCUCCCUAAGCGCCUCACCAAACCUACGAAUGGCCUCCUGGAUCUUGUCAAAAGGCGCCGCAGCAUAGGUCGCCCGGAAGUACAUGGUGUCG